GUCUCACUGGGAAGCGGAGGCGCGUCUGCGUUGGUAGCCCCUUUAAAAUAACACAAGGCAUGCCUUUGCUGCCCGCGAGAGUUUUCUUUCCAGGCAUCUCGUUUCUUCCCGGAACGUCCGUGACAGCCGCGCGGGUCACCCGGACCUCUUAGGAAGAGGGACAUACCUUAGGCAAGAUGGCCGCUGCCAUGGCGGGUUCACGUGGGGAGGCCGAGGUUGCCGGAGCCGAAGUCGAAGCGAGCGAUAGCGGUAACGGGCGCGAGGAUCCUGUUUGCGCUGGGUGGGGAGCCCCGGUGGUGGAAGGGGGUGGCGGUCAGGUGUUAUAAAGGGAGAAGUUACGGGGCGCGUGGAUGGGCAGCGAUGGAGAAACUCGUUCCUCUGCACCGCCGAAGGGUGGAAUGGGGCGAAAGUGCCUGGGAUCGAGUACGGUCUUCGCCCCAGUUCCUCGUUCUCUUUGUUUCUACGUCUCAUUUUUGCCUUCUGCACAGUUCCGUGUUCUUCUCUCUCCCCACUGUUGUAUGCUGGUUUCCAGUGCUUUUUUCCCCCUCUUAAAAAUAUUUAGGGGCACUCUCAUUUUGACUCAAGAAAAUCACCAUUUUAUAGUUCAAAUCAGGGAAAAUAAAUACAGUAAAUGGACAGAAGUACAGAGAUUCACAAAAUGUUUAGGGGUAUGCGUCCCCCCAGGAAAAAAAGCACUGCUGGUUCCAUUUCUGUGUCUAACGCGAACUUGUUAUCCAGGAUGCCUGAAUCUUGAUCGCCGUUGCCUUUUCUAAGCUUCCUGGGUUAUGUGGUGCAGCAAACAAGAACAAAAACCUGCUAGCCUAUUUGCAAAGCUAAACGGGGUCGGGUAUGAUUUCAAAUUGGAUCGGGGACCACGUGUUGAGAUUCCUGGGUUGCAGGGAGUUGGACUAGAUGAUUUCCCCCUCCCCGAAGAUAAGAUUGCUAUGUAUUUACCCUCUCCGCUCUUCAUAGACCCCUUUUCUAUCUCUCUCAGCACACUCGGGGACACAGCACCAGCCGUGCUGUGUGUAGUGGAAGGAGAAAGAAUAGUAGGAUGACUUUCUCCUCUGAAUAGCAGGGAACAGUAAUGAACUUUGCUUUCCCUAAUGAUGCAGCCAUAUUAUUGCUCUGGUUCAUAUCGUCAUUCUGUAGAAAUGGAAAUCGCUUUCGGAGACAGAAUCUGAUGACUUGGUUCAUUUUUUAGUCCUUCAAAUUAUUUGUACUAUUUUUUAUUUUAUUUUUUAUUACUGAUGAAGUUGAAAGCCUUUAGAUUUCACACAUUUUUACUGGACAAAAAUGGAGCAGCAGUCAAGUGUUGGCUAGGAAAAGUAAGGGUAGCUGCAAAUAGAAUAUCACCCAGUGUGUUAUUGGCCCAAUACUACUGCAGUAGCCAGUGUCAAAGAGAUUUAGCCCUUAUUAAAAACUUACUAGCUAGUUCAGGAUUGUUUUACGCCUUACAAAAUUUUGGUAUGAAAGGUGCUGUAGAGUGCAACAAGUGAAGACAAAUUUGGUGUGUGAUUGUGUACUGAUCCUGUAACUUAGAAUCCAAGAAUGGUAGAGUUGGAAGGGACCCCGAGGGCUAUCUGUUAAAACCCCUAAUUUUUAUUCUGCAGUCUUGUACCCAUUUGGGAGUUAACCUCCAUGGAACACAAUGGGAAUUACUGCUUGAUAGGUUUGUAUAGGUUCAUGCCAUCAGACAUGCAGUUGUGUUGUACAGACAGUUACCUACACAAAGGAAGGUUUGCUGGGAGGAAAGAAUUCUGGACUAGGUGGGCCUUUGCUCUGAUCCAGCUGGCCUCUUCUCAUGUUUUUAUAUACUUGUGAUCUUGAACAUGCUUUCUAUACAAGUGCUUUAUUACUUUAUAGCUGAGGCUGGCAUCUACUUAAGUGAUAUCACCUGAUGCUUGGCAAAUUACAGUCUGUCAAAUGGUGAUAAGAAAUACCUCGACGCUAAGGAUAAUUGGGAUUAAGUGCUUGAAAGCAUGUACUGCAAUCUAGAAAUAAUGGUGAAACUCAUGAGUUAACUUUGUCCUAGGUCAGGGGAUGUUUUUUGGCUGCUGAUAAAUCGGCAUCCUGUUGUGAAUUUAUUAACUGAGCCAGGAACUGCUUGUACUUGCCAAUAUUGAACUUCGGCUGCUGAGGAAAUGAUUUUAUUGUGCUUAUGAAUAUAUUUGUGCUGCUCAGCUGCAGUGAGGAAAAUAGGCUAAUUCUUACAGUCCAUUUUGGGGUUGUCACUUUCCACAUUUUUGUGAUUUUUUGGGUGGCCCAAAUAAAAGUAUUACAAACAUGAGGACUUAGCAGUUUUUUUCUUAUGGCCCGACACAUAUUGUUUUUAUGCUAAUCUUUGUAGAUAUGUGCAGAUGCAGAAUUAAUCUGAUGCUCUUUCACUAGAAUGAAACCAUUUAAUAUUUUUGAACUGGCAAAAUGCUCUCUCCCGCAUCACCCUUGAAUGUCAAAGGUGGAUUAGUGGUUAAAUUGGUUUGGUUCUAGUGGCUGGCUAGUGUUAGUCUGCAUACUCUGGCCUUCAUAGAGAUGGAUGGGGUCAUUCAGUGUUAUCAGAUGCUAAGCAGUGUUUUUCAUGUCUACUUCUGGACAGAUUGACAGUGGUCUACACUAUUUGAAUUUUAGUAGGUACCUUGUAAGCAAGCUUUCACCUUGGGUAUUGGAGGGACUUUGUUCCCUGGUGAUUGACAAGUAAAUAUAAUGACAGGAUAAUAUGGACAAUUGACACUUUGUUCUCUGAAAACAUAGUAUACAUAAUAGGUCAGGCACAUCAUGUAGAGUGCUGUGUUACUCAGACUUGCAUAUGUUGUUGGUAGCCAGAAAUUGAUGAGAAAAUGUUAUUGAUGGGAGUGGCUGGGGAAACCCAGCCAUAUGGGCAGGGUAUAAAUAAAACUAUUAUUAUUAUUAUUAUUAUUAUUAUUAAUUAUUAUUACUGCAUUGUCACUUUAACAUCUCUUGUGGCAGAUGUCUGUCAGCCAGUUCACAGACUGAAAGUGCUAUCUGCUAUAUAUUGUGGGAGCAAAUUCUGUGCUGUGUGCCAAAGUACAUUCUUCUGCCCAUCAUUUGUGUUGUAGAAUGACUGAGGUUUGUAUGAGAAUUAGAGUUGAUUAAACAUGAGCUGUGUUUAGUCUUUUCUGAAAUGAUGUUAGCUAAGGGUUGUGAGGAUUUUGAUUGGUGGUAGGCUGUGGCUGAUGUUGCCAUGUACUCAAUCUGUCAAAAAACAAGAAAGCUGUACCAAAGUGCGUUUAAAGGUCUUUUGGCUAUCUUUUCAACCUGCUUCCCUGUGGAGUUUUCUGAAACUACUGGGUGGGAAGAGCAGUAAGAAAAUGUGUCCUAGUAAUCUUUUCUCCCAAUAGACUGCUGGGUGUGUUCUUCCCCUUAUCAACCACUAACUAACUAUAAAUUCUUAUAGCCUGAUCAACUAAAUUCUUACAACAUAGAUGUAGUAGCCUUAGCUUUAUUCCUUUAAGAAGUAUCAGAAUAGAAGGGAUGGACAAUUGCAGCAAAGCGAAGCCUCAGAUUAUCUUCUCUGUAUGGACAAAAUACCAGUGACCGUUUUAAUCAAAUUUGCACCAAGUGAAAUCAGUGAUGCACUUAGCAUGUAUAUGCUGAAUUGGCUUGUAUCACAUGCUUAUUUUAAUCUAUCUUGAUUUUGGCAUUUCAACACUAGAUGUCAGUGUUGUGAUUGUAAUCUCUUUAAAUAAACCAGAAACAUGUUUCCCCCCUCAAAUGUUUUGCUCUUACCCAAAACAUUAUUAAUUCCAUAAUAAAGUAUUGGGGUUUUGUUGAUUCUUCUGCCAUGACUUCUGAAAUCUUUGUUCUGAAGAGGAUUUUGUUUUUGUUUUUUUAUUUUGCGUGAUGUGGAUCCUCAUAUUUUCUCAAUUUGCUGCAAAUAGUUUGUUGCAGAUUAGUUACAGCAGGAAGUGGUGACUGGUCCUUUGAAUUCCAGUAACUUGGGACAAAUUAUCCUUGAUUAAAGAUGUUGUCCAAGUAGCAAGGAACUGGGCAUACCUCCUCUUAGGGUGAAUUGCAGUUUAAAUCACGAUUUAACAGCAAGGAGACAGGCCAGUUUCUAUUGUCUAAUUAAAUAAAGGUUCCUGUAGAUCGUUUUGUAAUGGUGCAAAUUUGACCACUAAACAAAAUAGCUUACUGGAGAAUUACUUGCACUAUUGUUUCAUUUUUACAAUCAGCCACUACAUUUCUUUGUUGUAUGGUAUGUGUUAAUUUUGCGUGCUUUGCUUUUCUACCUCUAGAGAGAAUAUCUUUUAAAUGUUUCCAAAUAGGGUCGUACCUUGGAAAUCAAACAGAAUCCGUUCCAGAAGUCCUUUCAACUUCCAAAACGUUUGGAAACCAAAGUGCGGCUUCUGAUUGGCUGCAGAAAGCUCCUGUAGCCAAUCGGAGGCCCUGUCGGACUUUUGGCUUCCAAAAAUAUUUCGCAAACAGUUACUGUUUGCGGUGUUCGGGAACUAAGCUGUUCUAAAAACCAAGGUAUGACUGUGGUAGGGCUAGAGAACAUCAGAUGUGGGGGCCAAAUACACAGCCUCUUUUUCUGCCCUUAGGAACGCUCUCCUCCAUAACUCUGCUUUGUACCCUAAGCAUUUUUGCCUGGCUGGAAUGUGCCCUAGAGUUCUGCCUCUUGCUUGUUUGGAUGGAAGGUAGAGAGGGGUGUGGGUAGAAGCCAGCCUGUUGUACAAAGGCAAAAUUCACAUUCAUCGCUCUGCCCACUUUUGCCUGGCAUGUGCCCCCAGGAAGCUUGUCCAGAAUGGAAGUAGCCUUGGGAUAGAGACUCCUGCCAUAUGGGAUAUUGUAGCCAAGGCAGUUUGUGCAGCAAAGUCUGGGAAUAUAGGAACCGUGAGCACUGGAAAACUUUACUUCCUCUUCCCAGAGUUGCUCCAUUCUGCUGGUGCAGUCGCACCCUCACAAAAACAGAAAGCAAAGAAAACAUUACAAAACCCUGUGAGUGAAAGAUUGAAGCACUUUCUGAGUAGUUGCUGGACAAACUUGAACACUUUAUUUAUUCUUAGGUGAACGUGAAAUACCUGGCUGUGUUUGGGUGGUAGGUGGAAGUUUAUCAUGUAUUAAGAAGUGAUCUGAUUGGUUCGUCAUUUGUGGAGAAAAUCCUUAUCUCAGUGUAUGUAAUAGAGGCACUGGUUCUGUUUAGAGGUGAACUUUAGGACUAAUACACUUAUCUUAGAUUGUUUUAACAUUAGGCAUAGAAUCUUAGAGGGGCAUCUAGUCCAAACCCCUGCAAUACAGGAUUAUUUUUGCCCAAUGUGGGGCUCGAACCCAUGACCCUGAGAUUAAAAGCCUCAUUCUCUUACCAACUGAGCUAUCCCACUUAUAUUGGUAUCCUUUAAGGGAAACUUAAAGGGAUGCAGGUGGCGCUGUGGGCCUAGGACUUGCCGAUCAGAAGGUCAGCGGUUCGAAUCCCCGCGAAGGGGUCAGCUCCUGUUGCUCGGUCCCUGCUCCUGCUAACCUAGCAGUUCAAAAACACGUCCAAGUGUAAGUAGAUAAAUAGGUACCGCUCCGUGGGAAGGUAAACGGCGUUUCCAUGCGCUGCUCUGGUUCGCCAGAAGCGGCUUAGUCAUGCUGGCCACAUGACCCAGAAGCUGUACGCCGGCUCCCUCGGCCAAUAAAGCGAGUUGAGCGCCGCAACCCCAGAGUCGGUCACGGCUGGACCUAAUGGUCAGGGGUCCCUUUACCUUUACUUAAGGGAAACUUGUAAUUUACUUGGAGAAAAAAAAUCCAUUUGAAAUAUGAAGGGUUGCAGCCAAAGUUCUACAAUUGCAAUUCUGCAAGUGUAGUGGGACUUCGCCUUCCUCUCCUCCUGCUUUGUGCCCCUAAAAUCUGCUCCAGAGUUCCCCCCAGGGGGUGCGGAGGAUUCUUCCCUCCCGCAAAUAGAGGUCUCUUUUGCUAGCAGAACAAGACCAUUGCAUACAUGUUCACUGAGUUUGAUUUUUCUCCACUGCUCUUCUUCUAGGUUCCGAGUGGAGCUCUGGCAUUCCAGAGGACAGCUUCUCUUCGGGGGGUGAAGAACCUGACGGCGACGAUGAGGAUGAGCCUCAGACCCCAGACACGAAAGCCGAAGAUGCAGGAGAGUCGAAAGAUGCAGGAAAUGCUGGCUGGGCUGAUGCCAUGGCAAAAGUGCUCAGUAAGAAAGUUCCCAAGAGUAAGCCCACCAUACUGGUUAAAAACAAAGAGCGGGAUAAGGAACGAGAGAAGGAAAAGCAGGAGAGGCUGGAGAAGAGGAGAAAGGUAAGGAAGCAGAUGCAACGUCAUGAUACUAUACAUUAUGUCCUCCAUAAAAACAGUCCUCCCCUUUAGUAUUUAUUCACACUUACUCUCAGUAGCCAGAUUGCUAAACUUUUGCAGGCAUUGAUUUAUGAAAGGUCAGUUUGAGAGACGCCUCUGGGUUACUAUGAAGCUUGCGCUCUGUGCAUAUGCUUUGGCUUGUCAUGGUAGGGAUUGCUAGUGUGCUCCAGGGGUAAAAACUAGCAGCCAAAACAUAAGCAAAGUUAUGCUUGUGCAGAAGUUCAAAGCUCGUUGGAGGAGCAAGCUUGCUUCCUAGCUGCUGACCUGGGACCAUGCCCAUAAUUUACUAAAAGUACCAUCUGAAUUCAACCUCGGACUGUUGUUUCCAUCUCAGUUAGCAUAUUAGCACUGGGAAAACUGAAACCGGGACAAGUUCUGGCAGGUCAUCUAUGCAGAAUGAACAUGUCGCUCAAAACAGACGAUGCAUACUCACCUUUGCAUUGUUGUGUCUCAGAGUCCAGGAAGGAGCAGUCCCCUCCCCUCAGUAAGCCAACUCUUAAAUCAGAAUUCAAAGCUGGCCAUUGAUUGCCACUGUGGUGGCACUUGGUGAUUUUAAGUUAUUUAUUGUUUGAAGGAUGCUGGUUUCCUGACCCUGUAAAUGAGCCAAUAAUUUGUGUAGUAUGUGGUAGCCUGUAUUUUAGGACCGGGGCUUGCAUGGCUCCUGGUCCUUACGGCUGACAGUGCUCCCUGUGUUAAAGUGUAAAAUUUUGGGAAGCAGUGCUUUUCAGGGAGUUAAUAAGACAUCCUUAGGUCACCGCUGAUACACCUGGUGAACAAGGUGCUAGUCUCCUUAGAAAGGCACUUCGGUUUUCCACUCUGUUAAUGACAGUGCAUCUGGGAUAGGGUGGGCUAAAGUUUUAGGGUCUGGUGUUUCACAUCUUUUAAUGACUGCACAGUGGUGCUGUAUAAACUGAACUGAUUUGUAUGGUGUGAUUCACUACCCAAGUAAGCCAGGGUACCAAGUAAGCCAGCUGCUCUUACUUGGUAUGAAUCUAAUGAAGCUCUAAUGUGUAUUGAAAUGGCUUCAUUUCAAUAGCACUGUGUUACCAGACCACGGUGGCUGCUUUUCUUACUCCCGAUAUUUUCGGAUGAAAAUGUAAGGCUAUAAUAUAAGGAUCUAUUCAGUCACUGUUUGCUCUCUGAAUCUGGUUUUAUCAGAUAAAUAUGUGGGGUACCACAAAUUGGUGGUGUGCUGUUAGUCUAUAAACUGAUUUGUUCAUCAUGAGAUAAACUUGAAACAGCCUGCCUUUUAUUGAUUCCAUGCUGAUGGAAAACUAAAAUAGGGUUAGCUGUUUGAUCAGAGGCCAGAGCGUAGUCAUCAAGACAUGAAUUCAUAGCGGUCUGCCUGGAAUUAUAAAGAUAAGAGUUUUCUAUAACUUCAUAAAAGGAGGCUGUGGGUAAUGGAGACUUAGUGUUAAGAGGGUUCAAACAAUGUUAACUUGCUGUUCAAUUGUUUUAAGAAGCAUGACAAUCAGUUUUGCUAAAGUAGAGUGCGGGGAAAGGCAGGAUAAUAUACAUAGAUGUGUGCACAUCUAUGUGUUUGUGUGAGUAUGAAAUUGCUGUCGAUAAAGACAGGAACCAUGAUUGGGUUUGGUUUUCGUGUCUAAAUCAAGAAAUCUUUACAGACUGAAGUUGGUUUCUUUUUCUCGCAAAACAUUGGGCUAUCUCAAAAUAUAAUAAAUCCCAGUCUUAAUCUUCAUAAAUAAAGUGCUACGUUAUUAAAAUAAAGUGGGAAAUGUCUCCAGUAUUCCAAAAAUCAUGAUAGCACUCUUUAUCUCUAAUGAACAAGCUUCUGCAUAUUUGCUUUGGAACUGCAGCUAAGACAUCUGCAUAUUGGCAUUGAAGCUGCCUGAUCUCCCAUGUAAAGCAUAAACUGUAUAUAAUUGCUGGAAAACAAUUGGUUCAUGUUAUAUUAAAUAUACAGUAGUACCUUGGGUUACAUACGCUUCAGGUUACAGACUCCGCUAACCCAGAAAUAGUGGUUCAGAUUAAGAACUCUGCCCCAGGAUGAGAACAGAAAUCAUGCUCCGGCGGCGCAGCAGCAGGAGGAGGCCCCAUUAGCUAAAGUGGUGCUUCAGGUUAAGAACAGUUUCAGGUUAAGAAUGGACCUCUGGAACAAAUUAAGUACUUAACCCGAGGUACCACUGUAUAACUCUCUCUAAGUGUUACACAUUUAAUAUAAACUUUUAGCAAGCGGCUAUAAUUGUGUUAAAGUUGAAGUCUGGCUGUAUGAAAAAGUUUGAUGGCUCUACCCUACUUAAAAAUUGUGGCAAUCCUUUUAUUUUUGAAAAACUAACUGCAUUUGUUCUGAGCUAUGUCAAACAACUUUAAAAGUGUCUGACAAAAUAGCAGAUGAACUGAAAAAUGCUUCAGCUUCAGUAAGACAGGUGGAUUUCCAAACAGACACUGGGAGUUGAGUCUUGGAAGGAAGUAUCUUCUCUGUCACACCUCCUUAAAAGUUGAAGAAAGGUCUGGACAAUAGCUAAGCAUAGCUAUAGUAUAGUAUUAUACUCCAAUUUAAAGUUGUGUGUACUAGUGUAUCUAGAAGCUCCUUUGCUUCCAGUGUCUCAGGCUUGGAUGGUUGUACCAUUGGAAUGAUUUCCAGUCUCGGAGAUUGUUCAAGGUUCCCCAUAAAAUGCAAUAGUCACAUAUAUUGUCAGAGUACUGAGGUUGCUCAUUUGCUCCCAAGUCACUAUCACUGGGCACCACUGCUUAUUUGCGGGCAAACUUACUCAAGUCAUUCUUGAAGAGCUGCGCUGUUCAUCUGUGGUGGCCAGAUAGUGCUGCAAACCAUCUUGGGAGGGGGUAGUGCCCCACAAAUAAGUUGGGACCUGCAUACCCUUCAACUCUAGUUUAGAAUUCAUUUCAUAAGAGGCUAUGCUCUAGGUUAACUAUUUCAACCUUGCAGAUCAGCUUUAAACAUUUUGCUUGCCCAGGAUAAAUGGUUCAAAGUAGGUGUGAUGUUGUUUGACUGAGUUUCUUUGUUCUUGGUGAGAACAAAUAAUCGCCUGCCUGGGUGAGCACCCAAAUGUCCAGGUCACACUGCAAUUGUUGACUUUGACUGGCAGGAGAACUCAACGCCCAGAACAUCCCUGCUCAGGAAUCCGCUUGAUCCAUUGGCUCUAAUGUAGUUGGAAAGGUUCGCUGGAGAGCCUGUUACGUGAAAAUCCACACCACUGACUUGUUGGGCCUAUCGCUUGGCACUAGAGGAGCGAUGCUGUUAAGCGUAGUUGUAUUCUCCCCAUCCUCACCUAACGUCGUCCUACAUGAUUUAUCAACUUGGUUUUCUUAAGAAAUAUCUAUAUGUGCAUGCUGCAUUUUUAAAAUGCCUAAUGCUCUUUCGCAUAACAAUAUUUAUGAUGCAGCUUGAUAAAAAGCGGGAGUGGGAAAUGAUGUGCAGAGUGAAGCCAGAUGUUGCGAAAGACAGAGAAAUGGAGAGAAGCCUUCAGAGGAUUGCCACGAGGUAAGAGUGUGUGUUUGGGCUUUUGAAAACAGAUCUAAAGGCAUGCCUGAGUAAUCUGCUUCUAAUCAAAUUGAACUCUUAAGAAGUGACUCGUGGGAGUCAAAUGAUUUAUACCUAGUUCUGUCUCGUACAGUAUCAAGUUCAACAAAAGAUUUCAGAAGUCUUAUGAAAGCUUAAAAUUUGGACAAGACUAUAACGUGUUAAGUGUUCGCCCAGCAGGAGUUCUGGGCCUGAGCUCAUCGUUUUUGUUAAUUCCAUACUUAGAAAAUACACAGAUCAAUCACUUCUCCCACUCUUUGUAUUUCUCUAAAGUGCAUUCACCAAAACUCGCUGUUCUUGCGGUCAGAUUACUGUCUUGCAUUAACCUAGCGUUGCACCACAUGGCUCUGGUCUAGCACAUAACCAGUGCAUUUUCUUGAUCAUAUCAGUGGGCUUGUUUUUGACAUCCUUACCUCCACAGAGACUGCUUUAAAAGCUUGCCUCUGAACUUUGCGUAGGUGGGUGUGCUAAGUCAUUGGCUGACUCCUCUGGCAUGUCCCAAAACCUAGUGUCACAGUUUUCAGUUUGUUUACUACUUGUUGGUGUUUGACCGAACUGCUUCAGAGUUCCUUUUCCCUUCUGUCAUUUUUGCAUGCACUGACCCUUGGCAGGAAUAAAAGCAUUUUGAUAAUUUUUCCAGUGUGCAUAUACACACCUGACAGGUUGCAUAGACAUGCACACAGAUACUCUGCCAGUGUGUGCACUCCAUGCCAAGAAGAGAGGUUUUGCAUGAAGCAAAUGCCUUUUCUGUGCUGACUCUGCUUACAGAGCCAAGGUACGUGAGCACAUUUGGGUUCUUUGGUUUUUCUGUCCUGGAGGAAGAUGCGACUUGCGUCUUGACUUAAGGACAGGAGGAUGCAGCUAAUAAUAGAUACUUCUCUCAGACCAAGGGAGAUGGUAAAAAACUCUGCUUGAGAUUCUUCUGGAAUGUGAGGAAGGCAUCCACACUUCUUCCAGUAAUUGCUAAAAAGUGGGACCAAUAACUUUUACUAAGUCUUUUCUCAAACUGGGUGCCACAGAAGGCCACCUGGUUCCCAGAAACAGGGGGAAAGUGAAGAGGCACUAAAACAAUAGGGGAGGUGACCCCUACAGUGCACUGAAAAUAUGCUGUAUAUGAAUUAAGCCCAGUGUUCUUCGAGAACAGUUACCCAGGGGCACUAUAAAAGAAGGGGAGGAAUCCUGCGCAUCCAUAUAAAUAGUUUCAGGAAUAAGACAUUUUUAUAGGCCAUCUGACAGGUACUGUAAAUUACUGAGAAUAAUUUCACGCAACCUACUGGACAAAAGUGUUGGAAAUGAGGCUUAGUUCUGUCACAGCAAACAGUACUCAAACCAAAAUCACUAACACAAAAUGGGCAUCAACAGCCUGGUUCAUAGGACACUUUGCCAAUGGUAGGAAUAAUCCUUGCUUUUUCGUCAUUUUUUGGUGGCGAUGCUGGUCUGUGCAUUUGGUUAAGGCUACAAGCAAGCCUGAAGAUAACUGAUGCUCACGACACGCAAGUAGCAUGGGAUUGCGAAGUCUCUAAAUUAGAUUUUCCUUAACAUGAUGCUACUCUCCAAGCGCAAACUGUAGUGUGGUGUGAAACUGGGCUUAGAAUGUUUACUGGGUGCUUGAAGGAGUGCACAUUGCUGCCGUCACAAAUUGUGGGCCAAGAUCUCUUAGCCUUUGGGUUGGUGACUGCAUGCAGUGUCUUUACAUUUCACUGUUCUUUGACUUUACGAAAAGUGCAUAAUUUGGAUCCCUUUUGGCUUUUGAAUGGUGUCUUAAACCCACUUGCGUUCUGACAUAUUACCCUGAUUCCUCUUGUCGUUAUCUCAUGUGUCUGGCGCAGUGGGGCUGAGGAGACGGUUUAUCAAAGCCAUGCUACCUAGCAGGUGUGGCAAUGAAACAACAGGUGCCUAACCACUCCUCCUUUCAUCUACCAGGGGCGUUGUUCAGUUAUUUAAUGCUGUCCGGAAGCAUCAACAGAACGUCAGUGAGAAGGUGAAAGAAGCAGGGAGUUCCGAAAGAAAACGGGCAAAAUUGAUCUCGUCUGUUUCAAAGAGAGACUUUAUCAAUGUAUUAAGAGGAAUGGAAGGGACGGAAACAGAGCAAAAUGCUUCCAGGAAGACCUUGAAAAGCAAACAGGUAGGCACCACUUCUUGGAGCAGUUGUUCUAAUGUGGCAGAGUGAGCCAUUCAACUUGCGUGUUUGUGUAAUUUUGCUCUCCUGGCUUCAAAUGAUUAUGGAAGUUCUUCAGUGUCAGGUACGUUACUGCUGCAGUACCCCCGACAGAUGGCAGUCUAGCUUGGAUACCUCCAGGAAAGUAAAGCCCACCACUUCCCAAGGCGGUCUAGUCCACUCUCGAAGAGCUCUUACAGUUUCAGUUGCUAAGGUUUUCCCUAAACAAAGUCCUUAUCUCGUUCACAUUUUUGUUUUGCCCUCCUUGGGGUCUGGAUAGUGUUGAAUGGGCUUGGUGGGGCAAUGGAGCUUAGAAGAACACAGCCAUUGACACCAAAUGCCCCACUGGAAGUCCCCACUUCACAUUUUCAAUAGAGUCCUGUGUAUCUUCCUUUGCAGGAUCUUAAGGAGAGAUGAACGUAUUCAGUACUGCUAACUUUUUGGUCCUUCAGUGUUCAGUCUUGGAUAGAUUAUUUUUUUCUGGGAAAUGGUAUUGAAAUUUGAGUUAGAAACUACCAUAUUUUUCGCCCUAUAGGAUGCACUUUUUCCCCUCCAAAAAUGAAGGGGAAAUCUGUGUGCGUCCUAUGGGGCGAAUACAGGCUUUCGCUGAAGCUUGGUGCGCACCGACCCCUCUUGCUCUCCAGGCUUCAGGAAGCUAUCAGCAAGCCUGGGGAGCCCGCAGGAGUUCCCGCAGGGCUCCCCAGGCUGCGGAUAGCAGCCUGCCGCCCGGCGCGCAAGGCGCCCUGAAGCAGACAUCCGCAGCGUGGGGAGCCCUGCGGGACCUCCUGCAGGGCUCCCCAUGCUGCAGAUAGCAGCCUGCCGCCCGGCGCGAGAGGCGCCCUGAAGCAGAGCGCCCCUCGCACUGGGCAGACAUCGGGCGGCCCCACAAGCUCGGGGGACAGCGGGGAGGUGGAGCGCCGCCAUACCAUUGUUCCCCGACCUGGUUUUGGGGGGGAAAUAAAGGGGGGGGAAAUUCCUUUAUUUCCCCCCUAAAAAACCAGGUGCGUCCUAUGGGACGAAAAAUACGGUAUGUCAGCACUUGCAGGAAACCUUGGCUCUCUCAUCUUGGUUGAAAAGGAAAAAUGAGAUCUUAGGCAGCGUUGUUCUUGCUCCAAGCUACCAUCUCUGCUUUCAAGUGGUCCACUUUAUGGUGCUGCCUAUCCCCUAUUGUCCUUCUCUGCACAUCUUUGUGACAGGCAUUGGCUGAGUUCAGGCAUACUGCCAAGCCAUAGUUAGGAAGCCAAACAAUGGUUCUUAUCUGAAUUGUUUCUUAUUUGCUCAUCAUCCAGUUUCAUAAGUUCACUCCCAUCUCCAUCUGCAGUAGCCUCAUGAGCUGGAACAGCUUAUCAGUGAUCUGUCAAUUCAAACAUAAAAGUAUACCACAGCUUAUCCUAGCUUCAAGCCAUGCUUUGAGUUUGAUAGCUCCAAAUGUGAGUAGGCUCACAUUCAGACAUUAUGGAACUACAGUUUAAAAUAAGCAAAUCAUGGGUUUGUGUUGUGUAUCAACCCAGCCUAUGUCAACCACUCUUGCUAUGGAUACUUGACUGAUGGUCCAUUGAUCUGAACCAGAAGGACUGUUUACAUUCGGUAUAUUAAGACUGUUGAAAACUUGAAAUGACUGGUUGGAGGUUAGAAAUUCUGUCUUUCCUACGUUUCAUCUGGUACUUACCAUUAUGGUGGUACCUCUGGAUGCAAACGGGAUCCGUUCCAGAGUCCUGUUCGCAUCCUGAAGCGAACACAACCUGCAUCUGCGCGGGUCACGAUUUGCCGCUUCUGCGCAUGCGCGUGAUGUCAUUUUGAGCACAUGCGCAAGCGGCAAAACCCGGAAGUAACGCGUUCCGUUACGUCCGGGUUGCCGCAGAGCGCAACCCGAAAUUGCUCAACCUGAAGCAACGUCAAUCCGAAGUAUGACUGUAUCUGUGGUGGGCUUGUGAAUGACUUGGUUCUGGGGCUGACCUCAGACCUCAGAAUGACAUUUGUUCACACUGGUUUGAAUCAGGGAGAGAUUUUUAUCUGCAGUGUUUUAGUUUUCAUUAAAAGUUCUGUCGAGUUACCUGUGUUCUAGCCUAGCUGCAGGGUUACUGCUGACACAAGAAUUCCUUCUGAGAGGAAUCUGCUUUUAAAAAGUCGUUCAAGGGCAAAGAUGUUGGAUCAGUCAGAUUCGAAAGGCAGCAGGACUUGGGGUUUCGGAAUCUAGAAUUUCAGAAGCUGCAUGUUUAUAAUGCAUAUUUGCGUUCAUGCUUGAACUUUGUGCUCGCUAGUGGGUGGAAUACUUCUCUUGGCCCCAUUCCACUGGAGUUAACUAAGCGCUUUCCUGUGCCAGCAAGAAAUACUUUAAUCAGUUGGGAGACAACAGUUUGUCAUGCGUUCUUUGUUUAGUGUGCUUUCGGGAAGCAUGCCGAAACACUCCGUGGCAUGAAGAACCCUCUGAGUUUCACGCAAGUGUACAAUUAAAGUAUUUUAAAAAUUCAUUGGGUAAUAAGAGUAACUUAGACUGUCGCCAAGUGUUCCAUUUCUCCUUAAAUCUGUCCGGCUUGCUUGAUUUCAAAGGCUGGAAAAAUUAGAAUAAUAAGCUUGAUGUUGUAAUAGAAGCUCUCCAGCGCUGCUGUUCGUAAUCUGUUGGUACACAGAAACUUAAAACUGACUUACAGGGCGUGUUGCAUAGCUAGCACUGCGGUCAGAGCUGGUGCUUUGGUUGCUGACAGAGCAGGUCUUGUCACUAAACAUCAUUGAGGUUGGGUGGGAAGGCAGACCAGGAGCUACGUGGAAGUAAGGAGGGGGUAAUAUGCAAGCGUGGCCUAGCCAAGGAGAACGAAACCCAUGCCAUUAUGGUAUAUUGGGGGGGAUGGGGACUGGGCAGGCUCCCAUUUGGGAGGGUCUUCACUCUCCUUUUGCCUGGAGUACUUGCAGAAUGAGAAGAGAACAAGCUCCUCUUCCCUUGAGAAGUCUAGUCUGUGUGUAUGUGUGUGUUCAGUUUUACUGUGGGUUAAAUGGAGACUGUGCACAACUCGGCAGCACAUUCAGGUGUGCUGUGCACGGCAUCUAGCCAAUAUGCACAGUUGCCAGGCAGAGACUCCUGUGGUUUGACUCGGCCCCGUACAUAUUUUACCUGUGGAACUGAUGAACGAAAUGGGUGCUGGAGGACAUCUUGCUUCUGUACGGCUGAAAUGUCCUGGUUGUCUUUUUGCAUGGUAAAAAGUACGAUGUGGGGUGUUUGGUUCUCUCCCCACCCCCACCCCCCGCCUGGUAGGUAUUUCAGAAAAUCAAUUUUGGAUGGGAGAAGCUUUUGUCAGCUUUCCAAACCUAACAUCUGAUACCUUCCCCUCAACCCCUUAGUUGAAAUAAUGUUAUAAAGCUGGUGGGGAGGUGUGCAAAAUCCUGGAUUUUUAGAUCAUAUGCAUUUGCGGCAAAAUCUGUCUUUAUAGUAAUGCCUUGGUAUUUGUGGCUAUUCUCUCCUCUUCUCUCCCCCCCCCCAUUUUCACUUCCUGCAACUUUUUGAACUCUAAAUCUCUUCCUACUAUUCAACUAAACCAACUCUUGGGGGGGGGGGGUUGCCAUGUGGCUCUCAGUCAAGGCUGGCUUUGGUUUUGCUUUUGUUCCCCACCCUUCACCUUUUAAAGAAAUAAAUGGGAAUUGACAUGUUCAGCAUCAGGUAGGAACUUGACCUCAGAACACAAAUAUUUGUGGAUGGAGGUAUUUUGGGGACAUGCAUAUUAAGCGUUCCUUCCUUGUGGAUUUCUGCAGCCUUUAUGUGACAGGUAGGUUGUUAAUGCAUCUAAACUCUUGAGUGGAACUGCGAAAGAUGGAAUUUGCAUGAAUAUCUCCAGGGUAAUCAGUCUGCAAUGGAGAAGUACUGUUUCAAUGUAUUAAUUGGGGGGGGGGGAGAGGUGGGUUAUGAAGCUCGAUUGUGGCCAUAGAUCAGAGAGAGGUGGGGAACACAAAGUUUCCUCUAGCUCCGUGCAAUGAGUAGAUGUCAGAACUGUGCACAUUUUUAUGCCGUGCAUUGCCAAAAGUGUGCACCACCACUUUGUGUCCUUUUGUUGGUGUGGGAAUGCCUGCAAAUGCAUGGUUACAGUGGUGCCCCGCAAGACGAAUGCCUCGCAAGACGAAAAACUCGCUAGACGAAAGAGUUUUCCGUUUUUUGAGUUGUUCCGCAAGACAAAUUUCCCUAUGGGCUUUCUUCGCAAGACGAAACGUCUUGCGAGUUUGUUUCCUUUUUCUUAAAGCCGCUAAGCCGUUAAUAGCCGCUAAGCCGUUAAUAGCCGCUAAGCCGCUAAUAGCCGUGCUUCGCAAGACGAAAAAACCGCAAGACGAAGAGACUCGCGGAACGGAUUAAUUUUGUCUUGCGAGGCACCACUGUAUUAGGUUUCUAAACUGCUUUGAGCAUCUCUCUCUCUUUUAACCUGGCAAGUCCAGCUUUGGAAAACAAGUCUUAAUUGAACUUGAAAUGUUUUGAUUGAACUUGAAGAAUGAAUGCUCUGGUAGGCCAAAUUGUAAGUGUCGAUAUUCAAGGCCACAGGGAAGGAAUCUUAUCAGUUCCUACGCUAUGGUAGCUUAAGGUCAGCCACAGAUCAUUCAGAAGCCCUCGUCAUGAAGAAAGUAUUUAUUUUGCCUCUCCGCUAUGACACUGCCUACUCAGCAGCACACACCGUAGCCUGAACAGUCGUGUGGGCAGCAGAUGUGCUGCUGAACAAACCUUGAAACGGAGAGCAAGACCUCUCCAGUGCCUGCGAUUCCAUAUAGCUCUCCUAAGUAACUGCAUGCUGCAGGUUAGAACUGCUUUGCUUGUGCUCAAGCAUACACCAUAUCUCACCAUGUUCUCAAAGUGGCACAUGUGAUCCUUAGUGAAUAGAGCAUGCUGUAACACAGAAUUCUUCAACCUUGGGCCCUAGACGUUGUUGGCUUCGAACUCCUAUGAUCCACGACUAGCUUUGCCCAGCUUUCAAGGAUGAUGGGAGUUGUCCCACACCAUCUGGGGACCCAAGGUUGAAGAGAGCGGCACAAGCAGGGUCUGAAGUAGUUGAACACCAGCCUUGCCACCUAAGUGCCUUGUUUUUUCUUUAAUAGAGGAAUUUAAUGCCGUGGAGGGUACAUUCCUAGGAAGGGUUUGUGGUACAUCUUCCUCGCUACAUUGUGAGCUGGAUUUUUUUGAUCUUUUGGAAGCUUUUGGAGUUCUACAACUGCAAAACAACAACAAUAAUAAUUUUUUAAAAUAAUAAAUUUUAUUUAUACCCUGCCCUCCCCAGCCAAGACCGAGCUCAGGGCGGCUAACACCAGGUAUACAAACAAUUGAUUAAAAUAUAACUUAAAAACAAGAUUAAAAUGCAGCCUCAUUUCAGUAGAAACUCAAAUCCAAAACUUUUUGGGGAUGAAAAUGUCAAAUCUUCAGCAAGGCCAACUAUCCAGACUGGUCCUAUGUGGGCCAGAAAAAAGCCAGGGAAGUCCCCAAAUAGGAGUUCCAUCACAGAAGGAGAAAGGAAAAAGGAAAGAUGGAAGGCAGAUCUUUACAUGAAGCAGAAUAAGGUGGUAAAGUCCCAAAGUUUGGGAAGUGUGGGAAGUUUCCCUGCCUAAAAUUGUAUGCAGCUAGAAAGCCAGCGUUUUGUGUUGGGGGGCGGGGGCGGAGAGACCACAGUUUGAUUUCCUUCCCCACCUCUGCUUACAAUCUGAUACCAUCUUUAUCGUGCCACCUAAUUUUGCUGCCUGUGCUGAUCCUGUGCAUGCUUGUUCACGUUCACCAGCAGAGAAGGGUUUUCCUAUCGCCUGUCUCCUCUACAGCUCCAGUGAGGUUUCACGGUCUGGUGUUUGAAAACUUGUUCAUGCUUCUUUAAAAACUGUAGCCCUCUCUGCAGAUUUUCUGUGCUCAGAUGGGAGUAAUUAUUUUUUUGAACGGGAUCCAAGGACUUUGCCUUUCAUAUCAUUAACGGUUUAUCAAAGUAUUUCUUAAUCCUCGCUGAACCUGCUGACUUUUGUAAUAUAUUUUUUUCUCUCUCCAAGGUACAUAAUGCUUGUUUCUGGGCAGGAUCUUGUGGUCUCUGCCCCCUUCCCAUCUUCCUUAUCUGGAAAGCCUGCUUGGGGAAGGCAGCGGGGUUUGUUUGUGCUGUGCUACUUAGAGUGUGGUAGCAGAGAGGGGUGGCAGGCUUGGAACAUUUGUAUUCCCAGCGUUGAGUUGAGUUAUUCUGAGCAUGGCCUCUCACAGAGACAUAAUGGGGACUUAAGUCCAUUGAGUCUACUGUAUCUUUAUUGGAUAUCCCCCAGUACUUGAAGAGUUUUAUCUCCACCACUCCAGUGCCCACUGUAGGGCCAGCCAGGAAUACCAACCCUGCCUUGGACCCCUUUGCACAGGGAGUACUAAGAUACAAUCUUCUGGGAGAUAGAGGAUGAGCACAGCGUGGUUUUGGAGGGAGAUAAUGCAAGAACUUGGCAGUGGAGAAAGAAGAGGGGCAGGCUGUGCCAUAGCAUUGAUUUCUACACUUCCCCUCUUCUACUGAGGCUAGAUGCAAGAUUCAGAGAGCGUCUCCCUCCCUACUGGUCAGGAUCUUCCUCCCUUGUUCAUCAUAAUUCAUCCCCUCUGCAAUUUGGAAAAGUUUGUGUUUUUGCUCCCUUUGCUCCUGCAGUUGUGUUGUACGUCAGUAUCUGCAUAUCUGCACUCUGUAGUCAGGCUGCGUCCAAGUCCGCACUAAGGAGACAAUUGGGGAGAGGAGCAGUUACAAAGCUCCUCUGUGCUUUUAAAAGUUUGUUUUGCGAAGUGUAGCUGAACCUCAUAUAUCCUAACAAUUGUGCAAAAGUGGAGGUGCCUCUGCUGGGUGUCUCUGCUAGAAGCACUGUAGCUGCUUGUCUGCAUACCAGAAUCUCCCUCUGCUAUUAUAAUAUAUGAGCUAGGGAGAUGUUUGGAACUUGUUAGGUAGCCUGAAGAACAGGACUGCAUUGUAGAAACUUGCAAGAGAAAAAAGCGUAUUAAAUCAUAGUGGUGAUAAAUCAACAAUUACAUGAUCUGUUUUGUGCAUGUGUUCAUAUGUAAUGCAUGACCUUAAAUUAACAACCAGUACUAUCCAUUGUGUUGAAAUAUCUUGCAAGGGGAACUCGGGUUGUUACCUUAUUUCCCCCGGUAUUACUGCCAGAAUGGUUUUUUUGUUUAAAUAUAGCAAUGGUAUAUAAAACAACUUGGAACAACCUGCGAUACACACCUUUUGAUCUAGUACAUGCAUUAUGCACAGACAUCCAAAAUCUCUAAUUCAAUUAGGACUGCUUUAUUGAACUUUAGAAGCAUGAUAGUCACAUAUAUUUUAUUUGAGUUUUAACUUGACAGUAUUAUACUAACAGCUUCCGUUAUUCCUGUGGUCAUGAUUGUCUUGAAUGCUAAUUCACCUGAGCUAUCUCUCAUUUAGGCUCCCCUAACCCUAAGCUGGGACGCGGGUGGCACUGUGGGUUAAACCACAGAGCCUAGGACUUGCCGAUCAGAAGGUCGGCGGUUUGAAUCCCCGCGACGGGGUGAGCUCCCGUUGCUUGGUCCCUGCUCCUGCCAACCUAGCAGUUCAAAAGCACGUCAAAGUGCAAGUAGAUAAAUAGGUACCGCUCCGGCGGAAAGGUCAACGGCGUUUCCGUGCGCUGUUCUGGUUUGCCGGAAGUGGCUUAGUCAUGCUGGCCACAUGACCCCGGAAGCUGUACGCCGGCUUCCUCGGCCAGUAAAGCAAGAUGAGCGCCGCAACCCCAGAGUCGGCCACGACUGGACCUAAUGGUCAGGGGUCCCUUUACCUUUACCUUUAACCCUAAGCUGUCUUUUACAUUGAAGCUGAAAAUGGCACCAUUCAGAUCUUUGUUGAGUCAUGUUGUUGUGGACUACUGUAACCAUAGUAAAUUCUGAAAUAUAAACUUCCCAAGCUUUCGUUAGGUAUCAUUUUAAUUCCAAAUUGACUUCUAGCUUUGGGCUCCGUUGUAUAGAUAGACAACAUGCCUUUUUCUUGCAGAAUGUUGCCUCCAAAUUUCUUCAGGGUCAUAGAAAUGUGUUCAGCAAUGUGGAGUGAAAGGCCUUGGUAGUGAAGGUGUGACUUUACCCCCCUACUUCUUAAGAAGGUGGUCAAGAAAAGGCCUUUUCUGGCAAACCAGUCAGAAGAAGAUGGGAAGGAAGGAAGAUGUCUUUCUCUUCCCCUGCUCCUUAGCUUGUAGUGCAUCGAGCUGUGUGUGUCCUCGUUUAUGAGACUUUGCACCCACCAUCCUCUUGCUUUUCAGUAGCCAGCCUGUUGCUAUCAGAGCCUCACGUUUAACCAUCAGUAAGCAAUGCACCUUGGGAAGCAGUUUUGAUUUUAUUGUGUGUGUGUGUGUGUGUGUGUGUUUGUGUUUGUGUGCCUUAUUGAGCUUGCAUCUUAGUAACAACCUGGAAGGAUCAUAGAGGCUUUGGAAUUAACUGGCCAAGCGCAGUCCAAGCCCUUUUAUAUGGUCCAUAUCACACUUUAGGAAUUGGUACAGAAUGACCAGGAUUUGGCAGGCUCUUCUCCAGGGAGGCCAGGGGCUAAGCUAGCAUAAAAAUGGAUUCUUUCCGAUAGACGGUGUGAUCUUUCCAGGUCGGGAUUAAGAUGUUCAGCAAAGCAUUACGCCUUUGUUAACCCUACCUGGCUCAUGAACAGAGAAUUUAGACCCUAGUACUGCCAGUCUCUCAACUGGCUCUGCACAUAUUCCCCUAAUAAGGAGUGCAUUCUUAAAAGUAGGGGGAAUUCUACAGAGAAUCUUGGUCUAUUGAAAACAUCUCAAGUUUAGUGAUGCAGAUUUAAGUUAAUAAGUAUUUUUUUUCUUUAUGGAACAAUGAAGCUUUUCUGCCCCAGUACUAAUUGUAUAUAUUUUCAAACAUGGAAUCCCAGGGGUGGAACAGCGCUGAACACUGGUGGGUCACAUGGAAAUUAUCUGGCAAUGUUGCAAAUCUCAUAGAGCCAUGGGACUGAAAAGGAUAAUUAGGACGCUGCUUCUAAGGCCCCUCCAGGUUAAUUUGCAGAUGCAGUUUGCCACUUGUCUGCUCAUUGAGUUGUAGUUUGAAAGCCAUUGUAGCUGCUGCUGUUGCUGCUUAACUGUAUUUUCUUUGACGUGACUUUAUGCAUGCUCAUUUCUAUAAUUCUACUGCCAUUUUGUUGUUCAAAGUAAAGUUCUGUAAGCUGGAAAGCAGUCUAGUUGUUUUUUUUUAUAAAAUAUUUAUUGAAAUUUUCAAAGUGUUACAACAUAAAAUAAAAGCAGAAGAAAAUACAAAAUAAAAAUAGUUAACAAAGUAGAAAAAGAAAAAAAAACCCUUCCAACCAUACGAAUACAAAUUCAAAAAUAAGAAAAAAAGACACGAAAAAAAACAAAAAUACAAUUUAAGAACAUUUAAAAACAAAUUCAUUAUUCUCGAAUCCUCAACUGUCAUUACCUUCUUUCUUUGACCUCCUCCUCCUCCCUUUCUUUGUAUCCUAGUUAUUAAUUAUCCCAGCAAAUCCUUUCCAUAUUUCAUAAUAUUCUGUCAUUACAUUACAGUUUUAAUCUUAUCUUUCUAUAAGAAAAUAAACCUUAAAGCUUAAAACUUAAAUCUUAUCCUUACCAACUUCUCAUAACCAUAAUAUUCUUUCAUAAUUCUUUAAACAUCUUUACUAAAGCCGAGUAAUUUCAUUCCAACAUUUUUCUGACAUUCAUCAAUUUUAUAAAACAGUUCUAAUGGUAGAAAAAGGAAAUACAAACAGAUCCAAUCUUCAUCCAACGUCCCUUCCUCCUGGUUCCGGGUUUUGUCAGUCCUUAUUAUCCUAUCGAUCUGGCCCAUUAACCUGGCAACCUUAUAUCCGAGGCCCUCAAGUCUCUUCCAUGUCCCUUUCGCAGCUCUUCUUCAUAUUUGUAACUGUAUUUUCCCUUGUCUCCUGCUCGUGGUAACUCCAGCUUGGCAAUAUUUUUAACCCUUCUUGACAGAUCAGCCCCUUUUCCAUAUUCAGCACUGAAUUCCAUAUGGUAUUUAGAAGCAUGUUUCAAAGACCCUCCAAAAUUAAGAGCCCCCACAAUGCCAAACAUCUCAUGGCCCAUUGCCAGAUUUGAAAAGUCCAAACAUCCCAGCAUCAGGGGGUCAAUCCAGUCCCCCAUUUCCAAGCCAAACCAAACCUUUUCUUUCCAAAUCUGGCUUUUUCCAAGUUCAUUUGUCAAAUCCGAAAACUCAUAUUCCUGUUGGGCCUGUUCUGUCAGGACACACUCCUGAUUUAAUUCCUGGGUGGGCUCCACAUAUUUACCCACUGUCUGUUCAAAAUUUCCCACUGCCUGUUCAAAAUUUCUAGUCGAAGUCGUCAUCAAAUUCACCUUCUCAUGUAACUGUUCCAGUAGGGCAUUUGUUUUGUAGAAAGCACACAACAAAGCUUCUGAAUACAUUGUCCUGCAAGGUCAAAUGCCUAUUCCCACGAUUGUAAUCUGUAAACAGCUGCCGGCUCCCUGGAGUUGGUUACAGUUUCACAGUCUCCCUCUAGGGGGAAAACUUCUGUUUGAUCUUGCAACAAAGUUUCCCUUUUUGAGAUACUUUGUCAAUAUUUGUUCCUUUGAAAUGCGAAGGGAAACAGUGGAAUCACUAUGUUUCUCUUCUUUUAGCUAUCUGUCAAAAACGUUUGUCUCUGGUCAAUGAACUUCAAACGUCAGUCCUGACACCCCGCUCCAGGAUCAGGACGUAGGAAAGUUGCUUUACUUUAAACUCACUUUAAACAGUCCAAAAAAGAUCCCCCUUCUUCUCCUGCUGUCGAAGUGGGGUUCCACAAUUUUAAAUGAUGAAAUCCAAUCCUUUAAAAGCGAUUUUCUGAGCUCUAGUUUACGUUGUCUUUGCUUUAUUCUGUCUACAGAAGAAUGGAAGGCUGACUUCCUGUUUAGACCUUCCCGUUCCGUACCAAAUUGAAAUAGAUUCUUAAGAUCCAAUUCCUUUCUGCUCGCAAGUCCCCAUCUAAUGUCCAGUUGUUCAAAGUCUAAGUACUCACGGGUGCUUAUUUUAGAGUCCAAAUUGUCCCAGGAAAAAGGCAGCGCUCUCCGGCAACGGCUAUGCGGCUUCGCUCCACGAAAAUAGCAGUUGACUCACAGCACCGCACCACUUCCCCCUCUUCACUUCGGAGCCCGUUAGUGGGUUCCUUAGCGAGUUGGGGGGGCGCUAAAGGUGCCCGCCGAGUCCCAUGGUCACAGGCUUCAUCCGCCUGUGAUUUUUGAAAGGGUCCCCGCUUCGCCGUAGCGGAGAAGACCCGUUUCCCACGGAGCUAGUCCCUUCAGUUCAGAGGGAGUCCGCCAUUGCCGAUGGCGCCACCCCGGAAGUGGGAAAGCAGUUUAGUUUUAUCCCUGUUUACUCAGAAGCAAAUCCCGUCAAUCUGUUAGUGCCCUGGAAUUCAGCAGCUUGUACUGGGGCAGUGGAGGCUGAUUCUGUAGGGCCAGUGGGGCACUGCCCCACCAAACACAUUCUGCCCUCAAUUUCUACCUGCCUGCCUCCUUGCAACCAGGUCAAGGGGUUGGCACUGCCCAUCAGCAUCCUGCUCCUUGGGCUUAGUGUUAAUUUUGUAGAGGAGGAAGCAGGGAAAACCAGGGCAUGAAACACUACUGGACUGGAGGUUGGAAAACAUGAGUUAUUUGCCCAUUUUUAAUGUAUGUGCUGAAUAUCUGACCUGAUUAAAUGAGCCGCCACUGACAUGUACCAGUGCAUAAACCAAGGGUGAUGGUCUUGGGUUGCUGCUGAAUCCUGAACACCAAAAAUGGAAGAGUCAGCAGCUGGAGAGGAAUAGUAUUGGAAGCAACUGAAUCGUAAUUGGGAAUACUCAUCUGUCAGUUGGAUUGUGCAGUUUCUGUCCACAUACAUUUAAAGCAGCAUGGUGUGAGAGUGACCAUUUCCUCCAUGUCAAAGAACUGCUAUAGAAACUGUGCACAUUCCAGCUGAUAAGGAGUGAAUGUGGUCAGGGAAAAACUCUGUCAUAAGCAAGGUAGAUGGGAUGAAACUGGGAGUAAGUAAGGUUGCACACAAAGGCCUGAUGUUAAUUGUGGUGUCCACCAUCUGUAUCAUGCUUUAGCUUGCCCUGCCAGAUCAGACAAAAGACCUGUCUAUCAAAGCAUCCUGUUUCCUACAGUGGGAGACUAGAUAUUUUGGGAAAGCACCCCAGGCGGGCAAUGAGCACGAUAUCCCUGACUUGCUACAAUUCCCUAGUGACUGGCAUUCAGAGGCAGCCUUCCUCUGAUCCUAGAAGUGCUGUAUGGCCCAUUGAUGCCCUCCGUGCAUGUUUCUGAUUAAGUGCUGGGCUUAAGCUUGCAGCAGCUUCAUCCUUGGUCAGUGUCAACCUGAAGCAUGCGUUUAUUCGCCUGGUUUGAAACAGAACCCAAGUGAGGCUGUUAAAUAUUGGGUGUACAUGGAGACAGGUUGCCUUCCUUGGGUGGUCCCCCAGCAAAGACUCAGAACUCGAACCUGUAAUUCCACAGCUCUGUGGCUAAUUAAAGCAGGACAAACACAACACUUCUGUGUGCUGGAGAUGAAGUUAUCCAGAAUAGAAUGGAGACCAGGUGCUGUAAACAAUUCUCUGCGAUGUUUGCUUACUGGGAACGCUUUCCAGCAGCUGUAGCAGAGCCUCCUGAUUAAGAGCUGCUGAUGGGACUGUGGGUGUUCAAUUGUGUACAUCAUUUUUCACAUUUGUGUUUUGAAGCCAGUAUAACUUGCUGCUUGGGUUUUGUUCCAAGACAGCAGUGGCCAAUUCCAUCACCCACCCACCAAUUGAAAUUGCAUUCUGCAGAGAGACUGGAGUUUAUUUUCAGUAUGGCUCUCAACUGACUGAAGCCUUUUUUUAAUGAUUUAUCACUUGCCUUUGCUUAAAUCUAAAUGCAUUUUGCCUAUUUCCAAAGCUGUAAUGCCCCUUUGAGGCCCUAGAGGGAUUUUUGUUUCUUCAUCGUAGAGAUUCUAAAUGACCUGAUAAACCAAAGUUGCCACAUGAAAGAAAUAGUUGUCUUUAAUAUUCCUCCUCAUUUUGGGGACCUGGGAUGUACAGUAAUUAUUAUAGUAAUGCACCAAAGUGAAAAUGGCUUAAGAAUGAAGCAAGUUCAAGGCCUAUCAGCCAGCAUUAGGGAACACUUAAAUGCUGUAUUGCCAUUGAUUCCCACUGCCUGCUGUUUGCUUCAGUUACCUAUUUUUACUAAGGAGGGGGGUGGGUGAGGGAGGUCAAGUUUGUUCCUGAUGUGCAAUGUACAUGGUAGCUACAAAUGCAGAUGGGAAGGAAAAGCCAUCGUAAGAUUUCCUUUAAAUCUCUUUUUGCUAUGGAGAGCUGCUAAGUCGAUACAGCUGGGAAAGCAAUGCCCUUUUCAGUCUCAGUCCCACUGAUUCAUAGGGAGCUUAAAUGUUCAAGCCAGCAGCGGUUGUAUUUAGCCAUUCUUAGUAUAUAGCAUUCUCUCAAUGUCCCCGCUGAUGUCUUUGCCUAUCAAAAACUUGAUUUGUUUUUACAUCCAAAGACUGCUCAUGCCAUCAAGAAUUAAAGCGGGGGAAAUGGGUAGAAGCUCACUUGUGCUGUGGUUUGGCAAACUCAGUGACAGGAGAAUUCCUAGGUAAAUUCUCAGCUUCAAAGUUUGGCCACGAUCCUGUGCAAGGCCAAAUGAAGAUUUUACAUACCUAACUAGACAAGUCACAAGCCCACCCCCCAAAAAAUUUUUUGGGGGAUGAAGAUUUGAAUGCUUUCCAAUGAUUGGCAUUCAGCCACCCUGUAAAAAUUGCAGUGCCCCAACUGGGGCUGGUUUUAUUGCCUCCAAAGGGUUGUCUUGUCUCUAUUUUUAUUUUACUAAUUGAGCUUGGACUGCCAAUAUGUUUCUACUAAAUGGAGAUUAGUUUGCCCUGGUAAAUGAGUCCUCAGAGUAAUGAGCAAAAAGCUGCUGCAAAACAUGUUUACUUGUAAGUCCUUUUGAUUUCAGUACAAGAGCUUAAGUUUGCCGUUUCUAAGAAGUAUUUCUCACAUACACGUUGGACUGGUUGGGAAGCAACAACAAACAAUGGUUUGUUAUGAGCACCAGUCUUGGGAUUUCGGCCUUCCAUUGUGCUCUGUGUGUAUUGGGAGAAGAGAGGUAAAGCUUCUGCUUCUGGUGUAGAAGAAACUGCAGUUUGUUCCACCAGAAGCUGGCCUUUGCUGCAAGGAUAAUGUUAGGAAAUAAGACAAGAAUAUCCAGUCUCCAUUGAAAUUUUGCAUGCUUUGAUGCCUAGUAAAUGACAACUUGUUGAAAACAUGAACAGAGAUGAGACACUGCACCUAAGCACCAAAUGAAAUUUACAUUUUAUUUUUUUGCUUUGCACCAAUGAAGCAAAUGUGGAAGACCAGUCAUCUUCUUUUCUGGGUGGGUGAGGAAUUUUGCACACUAUUCCUUCAGCCGUAUGAUUGUAUCAUUCUUAUUACAAAAAUGCAAAAAGAAGUGCCUAUGUAGGUGUGGGGUUUUGUGAAUAUACACCUCUCUGCACUGCUGUGCCAAGAUACGGAUUGUUUUGGCUUCUCAGGAAUGUGCCAUUUUUGGAAGGCAAGGAAUGUAGGCCUUGGCUUAAUAAGGUAGAAUUAAAGUUGCGUCAUGUUGCAGGUGCCAGGAAUAAGUUUGUUAGAGGAAGUUGGAUUCUGGCAUUAGAUAAUACGUUUUUGCAAAGGGAGAGUCGAUGUGAGCUAAUUGCUAAUCAUGUAGACAAGGACCUUAUUGUGUUCUUUGGACUCUUUCUCUUCUCUUUUAGGAGAACUGGGUCAGAAUCGAUUCACAUGUUGGCCCAUGGGCUGAAGUCAAUGAGCACAUCAGAUGUGCUGAUUUGUGUUUGUGGGCUUUGAGUUUUAAAAAUAUGUUAGGUGGUCUUCUCUAUCUAUGGGUAUCCUCCCACAAUACAAGUUUUCCAUAUGGCUGUCACUUCCAUGUAGAAAAUCACAUAUACUCUUCAUAUACACAGUGAUGUAUGAAAAGUGCAUAUGUCUAUUUUGCUAUGUAGAUGUGCAGAAACUCAGGACUUCUCACUGUACAUAUAGCAGAUCAGUGUUAGAAAUUCAUAUAUAUAAGCUAGAUGCCAAAUAGCUCCUUAAACCAAGGUUACAGUCACCAAAAUAGAAUGUCUCUUGCCAUUUGGGGGCAAGACAGCUCUAAAGACUUAUUUUUCAAAUGUUUGACUGACUGUGAUUGAUUAUCAGUUAAACAUCUGGCUACUUCAGAUGACAACCCUUGAGAACUAAAAGAAGAAAAGCCACUUUAUCCAGGGACAGUCCACAUAUCUAUUGGCCUAUUCCUACCCCCUUCUUCUUAAUGGUAACACAGACAAUUCAUAGUAUAAGGAUAUUCUUCACAACUGUGAGCAGGGGCUGGGGUAAGUGAAGACAAGAUACAACAAUUUCACUAUAAUGUUAUUUGCUGCUCCUGCUCAGGCUGCACAGAAAAAAGCAUUUUGGUUUCUGAAAUUCAUUCUGAUUGUUCAGAUAAAAAUAUACAGUGGUACCUCGGGUUAAGUACUUAAUUCGUUCUGGAGGUCCGUUCUUAACCUGAAACUGUUCUUAACCUGAAGCACCACUUUAGCUAAGGGGGCCUCCCGCUGCCGCCACAUGAUUUCUGUUCUCAUCCUGAAGCAAAGUUCUUAACCCAAGGUACUAUUUCUGGGUUAGUGGAGUAUGUAACCUGAAGUGUAUGUAACCUGAAGCGUAUGUAACCCGAGGUACCACUGUAACUAGUAGAAUUCUACAGGAUGUGGUAUUAGGGUGUGAAAACAGUCCAGAUCCAUUGAUCCCCAGGCAGGCACCUCCAGAUGGUGGAGAUGCAAGAGCCAGGUGAAGAAUGCGCCUGGUGCCUGGCUGAUUUCAUGCAUACAUGUGUGCACCCAUCAAACACUAGACACAUGAGAUCUGUGCUAGUUUCCACCCUGCAGGAAAGAAAGGAAGUGAUCUUAAUGGUGAUGGGGCUUGGUUAGGAGGGAGUGUUACAGCUUGACAAUGGUUCUUGGUAAUAGCAAGAACUCUCUUGGUGGGUCUGUGUAAGCCUCAAAGCUUACCAAACCAAUCCAUAGAAUUAAUUACAAUUGGAACCUAACAAUAAUUGUAAAGAAUGCUAUUUAAUAGUGGGAUGUGAGGGGCAGGGGAAAGGAAGAAUGCAGAUGGGUCUGGUUUUUGGCAAAUUUACAUCCUUCUGGAGCAGUCAUGGAUAUGAAGUAUUUCAUUAAUACUUACCUUUAAGUAUUAUAUCCACUAUACCUGCAUACCAGGGAACUCAACGAGACUUGGGAAUUUCUGAUUAGAUGUGGUUAGAAUUAUGCUGUUAGUUUGAUGUUGAACACGGCUGAGCUGUAUUUAAUAGGACUGAAAACGAAUCAUAACUGUGGAUCUCUCUGUAAAUUUUCUUUGGUAAAUGUUUAUUAAAAAGAAAGCGCUAAAUGCCUUGUUGAUGCAGUAGCACUGCAAUCCUAUAUGUGUCUAUCUAGAAGUAAGCUCCAUUGAGUUCAGUGGGAUUUAUCCCCACGUAAUUGUAUAUAGGAAUGCAAACUAAAUUUGUUAAGCCACAGGACACGUUUAGCUUUUGCUGCAAAGGCUAUCAUCGCUGUUCUGGUAUGCUACUGCUUGAAUUGUAGCCACCACAAAGUGGUGCUGUUGCACUGUAUAAAAUGUCCUUUUUGCUUCUUCAUUCUCAAAUAACGGACAACUAGUGAAGUUCUAAAUCCUUAGUGAAAACCAAACUUCUGUCUCUUUUAUACCUUCUCAAAGUAGCCUCAUACUACCUGCUUCCAAGCAAAAAACAAAUUCAGAGUAAAAUUACCAGUGUAUUGCUAUCCAGAAAUGAACUUGUUGAACAACAACAACAUGGCAGCUUUCUGCUAUGGAUGAUAGACAAUUAAGUCAUACUCUGAAUAGACCCACUGAAAUCAGUGGGUCUCCUUUGAGUGUGACUAUCAUCAGAUAUUGCCCCAUAUGAUUGGCUGACGUCAAGGAGGCUUUUGGGUAACUAACCAGAUACGCUAAAUGUUAACUUUGGGGUGAGUUGUUUGUUUGAGGGCUUUAUGAAACCCAUGUUUUGUGUUGGUGCAGUGCCAGGUAAUGUCUUAAUGAAGCUGUAUCUUGAGAGUAAUAACAGAGAGGCAGCUUGGAUUGCCACAUAGAGGCCUUUUUUAAAAGACACUGUUCCCUGGGUUAACUAUAGAUCAAUCCAUAUUGGGGGGGGCGGAGAGGUCAAAGUGCACCAUGUCAUGCUUGUAGCCUGUCUGAAAAUAGCCAGCACUCUUGCUACUUAAGCAUCCAAUACUGUGUCCUUGCAUGCACCUUGUUUGCAGAAAUAAAAUGAAGCCGAUCCUCAGUUCACAUGUAUUUUGAAAGCUCUUGGAAUGACACGGAGUUGGGAGUUGCAUGCACGAUCCAAAAGAUUUUUAACUUGAUCCACCAAGAGAGAUUUGGGAGUAUGGGGGAGAUGUCGUUGUGCAUUCCUGUACACUCUGCAGUGCUCUGUGCUUUCCUGUAGAUCCCAGAUGUAGUUUUUGCGUUCAUCUGCUAGUCCUUGAGUGCUGAGAGAUUAAGUGAUGUAUGUCAUGCAUGAGCCAGCCCUCGGAUUACUACUAAAACGCUGCAUUUCUUACAGAUGUCAAAAUAAGCUCUCUAAAUGUUUGAUAAUGGAGUAUGCUGUAAACUAUUUACUGAAGAAGCCUCCGGUUAAACAUCUUCAGUUUUUAGAGGUGGGAAUCACCCUUCUUUGGGGAUUCACGGAGUUUAUGUGAUUGCCAUACAGUACCAAGCACUCGUGGAUGAGGGCUGAGUUUCUAGAGACAUUUCAUGUAGACUUUAGGCCUGCUUUUGGUCACCUCGAGGGACCAAAACCAUCAGGAGUUUGCGUGCAAUUUUCGGUCACUUUAAAUGCAAAUGACCAUGGUAUCCUAUGGCUCGGAAUUUGAGGCACCAUUUUCAAGUGCUUUUGUUCAGUGGCCUCUUCCAAAAGAUAUGCUGGCAGACUGUUCUUCUACUCGGUUGCGUUCAUGUUUUGGUGUCUUCCUGGUGGGUGGUUCACCCUGUUCUUGACAGGGUUGUGCUACCCCCAAAAGGGGCGGGCUGCCUGGGGGAUGUUCCAGCAUUGUCAGUGAGGCCACAUGUUGCCUCUGUAGGCCAGGUUGCCUUUCACCAGCUUAGGUUGGCAGGCAUGCCAGGUACAGGUCUGCUUUGGGUAGAUAUAGCCCAACUUCAGUGUUAUAUGUUCUUCUGAUAACCUGAUGUUAUCAGAACCUGAUGGUUGGGCUACUGUAAUACCAUACACAGGGCUGCCUGGGCCAGGCAACAUGUUUGUAGCAGUGCUUUGUCAGCUCUGCAAGCUCCCAGUCUGGGUUUAGUUGACUUCAGGACUCUCUGCUAAGACCUUCAGUAGAGGCAAGUCUUCUCUUGAGUACCUCCACUCUAUGGGGUGUCAUGGGUAGCUACUGGAGAAAAACCCCUUUUGAUGUUUCUUUGACUUACUAAUUUUCUUGCUUUUAAGAUGGUUUGUCUUACGUACAUUAAUUUCGUUUUUAAUUUGGAUCUUGGGCCUUUCUUUUGUAAGCUCUAGCCAUGUGAGUAGGUGUCAGAUGUGAGCUAUGCAAGGUGGGGUUUGAGUGAAGAUAUUAAUAAUAGCAAUUUAUUUGCGACCCAUCUGAUUGAGUUGUCCCAGCCACUCUGGACAGCUUGCAACAGAUUAGAAAACCACAGUAAAACAUCAAACAUUAAAAACUUCCCUAUACAGGGCUGUCUCCGGAUGUCUUCUAAAGUUGUUUAGUUCUGUGACAUCUGAGAGGAGGGCGUUCCACAGUCGUUGGUGAGAGACUACUGUGAUACUAAGAAGGCCCUCUGCCUGGGAAUGCUUUCAUUACUUUUUAAAGGUUUCCAUUACUUUUUAAAGCAAGAUCCCUGUAGGGAUCAGGUAGCAUAUCUAUAAUUCUAAAUAUAGUCUGUCUUGGAUGCUUCCAGUUAAGGAAACCUAAUUUUUUUCUGCUUGAUAUUACCAUUCACACUCGUCUCCUUUCCCAACCCUCAGGAUGAAUCUAGAUCGGAAGAGGGACCAGCCUGGAGUAUAUUGCGAGACGACUUCAUGAUGGGAGCUUCCAUGAAAGACUGGGAUAAACAGAGUGAUGGAGAAAACGCUGCUGGAGAAGACAGUGGAAUCAAGGAGGAGAGUGAAAGUGACUCAGACCGAUGAAAUCCAAAGCGAUUCAAAAACUCGUGGGGUUUUGUGGGGUAGUGGUUAAUAUAAAGAUUCUUGGUUCAAGCAAGGAUGCCUUUUUUCUUACAGAUGGUCUCUUUGAAGGUUGAGGGGAAACCUGUUUUAACAAAGCAUCGUCCAACAAUCCUGAAAUCUGCAGUAUUUCCUCUCUAAAGAUGUCUAAUUUAUACAUAUUUCCAAAACAAAGCUGUACAGUCAAAACAGCAGCACCUGCCCAGUUGGAAAAAGGGAGGGGUUUUUGCCAAGGUCUCUAUGAGUUUAAAUAUUAACAUGAUGCUUGCAUUUCCACCUCUCUGUUUGUAACUUGGCUAGGUGUUUAUCAGUUCAUAAAAUAAAACAGUGAAAUAUCCUUACCAUGUAAAAUUAUUUGCUUCUAUAGAGACUUAACCUUUCUUGGCUUCGAAAGGCUUUGUAGGUAAUAAAGCAACCAUUAAUGUGUGAUUUUGGUCUCUGAGCGUUGAUAUAACUGGAGAUGACCAUGAAAACUUAAUUUUAAAAGGAGGAGGAAAAGCCAGGAAAUGUAGCCAUACUGUGUCCUCUCCUUUUUCCAUAUGUGUGUUUGUGUGUGGAGGGGGUAAUGGCUUUGAAUUCUCUUUAAUAUAUUAAGUUUGCACUCUGAAAGUUAAUUGAAAUUUGAGAUACCAGGGCUGGGAUCCAAAGGACUGUGUAACUAAUUCCACACACCCAGGGAGACUUUGGGAUUUCUAUGCUACGUGAUGCAUCCCUUUAGAAGCCGAGCGGAGUUUCAAAAACAAUUUGUUGCAAAACGACUGUUUUUGUGUUUCUUUUCGAAAGCUUUGUUGGGUAAAUAGCAAACAAAAUAAAACAAGAGAAACAACAGUGUGUUAAACUGCAAAUAAAAUUAGGCAGAUCCUUCAGCAGAUACAGCAAGAAAUAAAAGCCGCCGUAAUCUGUAGUGGUUGGGUUUUUUAAAAUACAAAUAAAAGCCAUCUAGGCAUGCGGAAGCUGUUGGGCCUAGCUAAAGGA